GCGUUCGGAUCUCGUUCUGCAUCGCUCUCGCGAGCGUUUGUCGUCCGAAUUUCGUCAAAUUCGCGCAUGCGAGACAGUCUCACGUCAAGUGAUCGGUCGAGAUGCUCGGCGACGCCGUCUGUGACGCGCAACGAGGAUCGUCGUCUCGGCGUCUACGUUAUUGUGUCAGCGAUUCCUCUGCCUCCGCGUGCCCGAAAUCCACGCGCAUCUCGCACCUUCUCUCGUCGAGACGCGUCACAAGGUGAGGAUAAAGAAUUUGCGACAAAGAUUGUUCCCUAUAGAAAUCAUUCUUCCUACAGAAUCGCAUUCGCGAUGAGAUUUUUAUCGGAAAUUAAUUACGAACAAUUGUCUGAAAGAGAUGAAAAGACAUUAACGAGAUAAUUCGAGAGAUAUUGAUCUCCUCAUCGCGCGGCUCGAUGGAUCUCGUAUACUUCGCAGUCAACAGGGAUCUGCUUUACGCUACUGUGCUACUCGUGCCAUGACGUCACGCGCCGAGCGAGAGGUCGCGUAAAAAUGCGAGCUGGUUAGAGCUAACCGCCGCGCCGGUUACGUCGCGUCGCCCGGUUACGACGCGCAUAUAUUAAUUCGAGAAACUAGUUCUCGCGCGGGAUGUAUGUAUGCAUGCGUGAUCGAUGAACUUGAGGCGGAUCCGCUCCUGAUACCGAACGAUUCAGCGAGAGGAAACGAGGCGCCCGCGCCGGAACGAGUUUUCGAUAUUGAACUCGAGAUAAGAGACUCGGCGUCGCUGAAAAUAUAUUUAUCGCAAGUAGGUUUAAAUAGCAAUCUACUUUUUUUUUAAUUCCUUGUUAUUUGACCUACAAUUAUAGAGAACGAGGCCACGAAAUACGCAAGAAAUGUACAAUGCAAGAGAUACAAAAAUAUCUUUUGUAUGCGAUAGAAUAAGAUUAUAAAU